CCACCCGAAACAAAAAAGAAAAAUGUAUCGUUUUGCAGCGAAGAGAAUUCUUGUUCAGAGUAAAACCCUAAUCACAAAUCCUAAUAAUAAUCAUAAUCAGAGAAGAUAUCUUCUUCAUCUUCUUCGUUCCAUUAGUACUAAUGCUCCUGAUCCAAAUUUCCCACAAAAACCAAUCAAUAAUCAGAAAAUAACCCCUAAUUCUACUGAGAAUCGAUCAACAUCGGAAAGAUUGGGGCAAAAUGUAACUAAUGUGGCAGUAAAACUAGCUUCUGAAGCUGCAGAGACGUUGAAGAAAGUAGCUGAUGAAGGGGUUGAUGAUAGAAGUCAAAAUGAGAACAGGGGCAGAGAAAGAGAAGGAAGGCCAAGAGUUGAAUAUAAAGAUGAACAAGCUCGUGUUCUUCAAGCUUCCCUUCCUCAUGUGCUUAGGUUGGGAUGGAGUGAAGCUGCCAUUAUUACAGGGGCCAAGGAAGCUGGGGUAUCCCCUUCAAUUGUUGGAUCUUUCCCAAGGAGAGAAGCAGCACUUGUAGAGUGCUUUUAUAUGUUUACUUUUGAAAUUGUGUUUAAUACGUGGCCAUUUCAUCUUCCUGUGUUUAGUUUUGUGGAUGAUAGCCUACACAAAUCAACCAAUAGAAUUGAGUUUGGAGAGGCCCUGGAUACCGUGAUACAUAGUGAUCGAAUUGCGAAACUCAUCCAGGUACGUCUAGAAAUGCAAGCACCGUACAUAUCAAAAUGGUCUCAAGCACUUAGCAUUCAGGCACAACCACUGAAUAUCCCAACAAGUUUUAAUCAGCGGGCAGUGCUAAUUGAUGCCAUUCCUGAUGAUAGUGACAACACCUGAUAAAUGGGACUCCGCCACUCGCAAAAUCAGUAGCAUGUCUCUGUCAAAGCUAGUGAAGCUCUUAACCAUUGAUGAACCUGUUGAACAAAGAUGGAAGAGCUGUAAUAGAAGCAUUAGUUGCAAGGACGCGUCUUUAGGUUGAGUCCACACAGUCGAUGAUACGCAUUGUGGGUCUUUUUGCCCCUCUUCCCAAUUAUUUGGAGGAUACCCACCGUGGGUCUUUCUGUCGCUCUUCCUAAUUAUUUGGAGGUUGCACAUUUUUAUAAGGUAACGUUUUCUGAGGCAGGACUCAUCUCGUUUGAUUCCAGCUGUUAUUCGGUGCUCCUGCACAACAAUAUAAUGGAAUCACUGAGCAAAAUCCGUGGCUUGCAUCAACUUUGUAGAUGAAGAAUGCUAUAGAAAGCCUUGAUUGUCGAGAUUAAGGAGGAUGUUGGACUUUUUGCAAUUGUAUUAGGAGCAAAAGCCCAAUCACUAAUGUCAGCUCGAGUAUCGGUGUCACCUUCAGAAGUUUCAACCAAGUAUAUCCUCCUAGAAAUGGAGAUGAUAGUGUUCUACGUGAUCUUGCAAGAACAUGAUGGUAAACUUAGACACUGUUAAAAUGAUACCCAUGGUUCUCGUAAGAGUGAAAGUACUCCCUCGGGUACCGGUACUUCUGAGCAUUGAAAUGGGAAGAAAAAUGUUGUCAAUGCCCGAAGAAGCUUCUGAAGUUGUUUCACGAGCUCCCGGAUAGAACAACCGUCAAGUUUGAAUAUCUCUCUUCCUAUUAAACCAGAACAAAGUAACAGCAAGUUCACCACUGAAACGAUCUCAGGUGUGUGCGCAACAUCCGAAGUGGGGCUUGAGUUCAGAUUCAACAGCCAAGCUUUACAUGCAGACUGCAGAGCAGCUUCCUCAACUUCGAAGGCAUCAGCUGACAAGAGCUGAAGCUGUGGAGUUCUAGCUGGUGUUGUACUAGAGUUGUCGCUCUAGAUUGGCAUCUCAUGGAAAAUACAAGGGAAAACAGUAAGGUUCAUGGUAAGAUCUGAAGGAAGAAGGUGCAGGAAAGAAGGCAGGCGUAGGAAGGUUCCUGGCUUCAUAAUUUUGUUCCUGAAUCAAAAGGCUUGAGUCAGAUGUCAGAGUUGGACUACACCAAAGGAAAACCAAGGAAAAGGUCCAACCAUCUUAUAUCCGACUCUUUGGAUUCACUUACAUAUGAAGUUGAUAUUUGAAGUUAGUGAUGAACUUUAUGGUGUUUAUUAGUGACUGAAUCCUCCUCUUUCUGAUAGUGUGUGCUUGAUAAAGCCUCGAAUAGUACUGGGGCAGUGUUCCCAGGAAGAGUGCAUUCGUGUGGGGUCUUAUGCAAGGGUUCCUUUGAAGAGGUUCAUGUUGCUUUAAGACUUUGUUCUUUGGUGGCCUCUUGGGACACGAGUCCACUUUAGGUAAGAUCUUGUGUUGGUGAGUCCACUUUAGGUAAGAUCUUGUGUUGGUAAGAUCUUUGAUUAGACUCAGUUUUGGCUCUCUAGAUUGAGAAAUGUCUUAAAAAACCGAAAUGAUUUUCAUGCGUGUGUGAUGGAGAUAGCACGAGAAUUAUUGGUGUUUCUUUUGUUGAUA